GCGGGCAGCGCUAAAAGUCAGAACUGUGACAGUGGUUAGGAUUCAGAAUAAUUUAAGAAGGGAUUUUUAAGCAACAGGACAAGACCGUUUCACCAGGGCAUACCAAAGGGGAAUUGUUUAUAUUUCUCACAGGAAAAAGGGGUCAAAUCUGACAAGUAACGCGAACAUCAACGUACUGAUACAUCUUCGUCUGGCUCGCCUAAAAUUGUCGAUUUACCAACGAUGCCUCGUUCUUUUUUGGUGAAGAGCAAGCGGUGCUCCUCCUACAACGCUCACAGGUUCGUCGACGAGGAGCAACUCGAACUAAGAGACUCAUCAGAGACAACAAAUAAUACAAAACCGGGUCCCCCGCACUCGCUGGACCACGGCGACCUGGAGCAGACCCAGGACGAGGGGCGUCCCGGCCAUUCCGACCCCUUUCCCCCGAUUAAACCAGAGCGGGAGGCCAGCUGUCCCGCACCCGCUCACCCUGAGCCCCCCGUGCCCCCCAUGGUCUCCAGUGGAGCCUAUUACACUCCAGAACCCCAGCUCCCCGAAUAUCCCCGCUACUACAAGUCCCCGUUUGCCUGGGAGUCCGUGCACCCGUCCUACGAUUUCCGGCAGAUGGGGUUCCCCCCCUCCCUGCUCCAGCACGCCAGCACCCUGUACGGGGCACACAUUAAGCAGAGCUCCGAGACCCCCCAGCCCCUGGACUGCAGCACACACUACUCGCCAACCUCCGACACGUACCACUGCAUCACCUGCGAUAAGGUGUUCUCCACCCCCCACGGGCUGGAGGUGCACGUCCGGCGCUCCCACAGCGGCACGCGGCCCUUCGGCUGCAGCGUGUGCCGCAAGACCUUCGGCCACGCGGUCAGCCUGGAGCAGCACAUGAACGUCCACUCGCAGGAGAGGAGCUUCGAGUGCAAGAUGUGCGGGAAGACCUUCAAGCGCUCGUCCACCCUGUCCACCCACCUGCUGAUCCACUCGGACACGCGGCCCUACCCCUGCCAGUACUGCGGCAAGAGGUUCCACCAGAAGUCCGACAUGAAGAAGCACACCUACAUACACACAGGAGAGAAGCCCCACAAGUGCCAGGUGUGUGGCAAGGCCUUCAGCCAGAGCUCAAACCUGAUCACACACAGCCGCAAGCACACGGGAUUCAAGCCCUUCGGCUGCGAGAUCUGUGCCAAGGGCUUCCAGCGGAAGGUGGACCUCCGGAGACACCACGAGAGUCAACAUGGCCUGAAGUGAGGAGGGAGAGAGACAGGGAGGGAGGGAGGGAGAGA